UUGUGACAUAUAUAUAUUUAUUAAAAGAAAAUGGAUUUUCAUGAGCUUGAAGGUGGUGGCCUGUUCUUCAAACUCGAAGGCGAUUGAUACCUUAAUAGGAGGAAGUGAUCAUAGGAUCAUCGAUUCUUUUGCACGCCAAAACGGAGUAGAAUAAAGCACAGUUGCGGCUGAUUGUGAGUGAUUCGAGGGAGAAAUCGAGGAUAAAGGCGAUGUCGUCUAAUACGAUCCAGGAGGUUAACGGAUCGCCUCGAAUUAUAUUGUCGGAGCCGACUGGUUCGACCGUCGAGGUGCUUUUACAUGGUGGACAGGUGGUCUCUUGGAAAAAUGAGAAAAGACAGGAGAUGCUCUUUAUGAGCACUAAGGCUAUAUUCAAGCCACCGAAAUCCAUCAGGGGCGGCAUACCAGUCUGCUUUCCACAGUUCUCCCAUUUUGGUACAUUGGAGCAGCACGGAUUUGCAAGGAACAGGUUAUGGUCGGUGGAUGACUCCCCUUCGCCAUUACCUCCCAUUAACAAUCAAUCAGGGGUGGAUCUUAUACUGAAAUCCACAGAUGAAGAUCUGAAGACGUGGCCACAUAGGUUUGAGUUGCGCUUACGUGUUUCUCUGAGUGCUGGCAAGCUUACCCUGAUUCCUCGUGUGCGGAACACUGAUAACAAGGCCUUUUCAUUCACAUUUGCUUUGUGCAAUUACCUUUCCGUAUCGGAUAUCAGUGAAGUGCGUGUUGAAGGAUUAGAGACACUCGAUUACUUUGAUAAUUUGAUGCAAAGAGAAAGGUACACCGAACAGGCCGAUGCAAUUACUUUCGAUGGGGAGAUCGACAGGGUAUACUUAAGCACACCUACAAAGAUAGCCAUAAUCGACCACGAGAAGAAGAGAACCUUCGAACUUCGCAAAGACGGCAUGCCCGACGCAGCUGUAUGGAACCCUUGGGAGAAAGGGGCGAAGGCGGUUUCCGACUUAGGCGACGAAGAUUACAAAUCAAUGCUGCGUGUCGACUCUGCAGCUCUCGAAAUCCCGAUUGUCCUAAAACCUCUCGAAGAGUGGAGGGGCCGUCAGGAGCUGUCAGCUGUCUUCUCGAGUUAUUGCAGCGGACAACUUGAUCCUCGGAAGGUUGUUUUCGGCUUCCACUGAUUGGCUGCGCCGUCGGACCUUCGAUAAGUUUACUUUAUCAUUAUCUCUGUCUGAAUUCUUACCACUGUGCUGCCUGUAUGCUUUUGUAUGUGUUGAUUUCUUUACUACUUACACUGCUAUGCAUCGACUUUGUUCAUCUUCAUAAAAGUUUGAGGAAUUUUGUGGUGCACUUGGAAUUUUAAACUAGUAUGAGCUUUUUGCAAAAGUGUAGCGAUGUUGGGUUCUAUAUUUUGAACGGUGGAGAUUGAAUCGAUUGAUAUUGUGUUUUUAAUUUGAAUAUGAUAUUUUGGGA